GCGCCCCCCUGCCCCAGGAGGUGCUGCUGAAGCGGGCGGCUGACCUGGUGGAGGCACUUUAUGGGAUGCCCCACAGCAACCAGGAGGUGCUGCUGAAGCGCGCUGCCGACAUCGCCGAGGCUCUGUACAGCGUCCCCCGCGCCCCCGGCCCGCUGCCCCCCGCCCCCGUGGGGGUCCCGGCCUUCGGGGGGGGCCCAGCUGGGGCUGCCCGUGCCCGAGUCCCCGCAGGGCUCCGACCAAGGGUUCUCGCGCAGCCCCGGCACCCCCCCGGCGCGGGGGUUCGGCCCCCCCGGCUCGGCCCCCCAGCAGGGCUAUGCCGGGGGCACCGGCGCCUUCGGGGGGGGCACCAUGGCCGGGCUGGGGGUGCCCGGGUCCCCCCCCAGCUUCCUGAGCGGCUCCACCGCCACCUCCCCCUACGCCAUCAUGCCGGCCAGUCCCCCCCUGGGCGCGUCGUCGGUGUCCGUCCCCGCGGGCCCCCCCGCGCCCACCCCCCCGGGGGGUUUCUCCUUCUCCCCGGUGACGAUGAUCUCGGCCGUGAAGCAGAAAAGCGCCUUCGCCCCCGUGGUGCGCCCGCCCGGCUCCCCGCCCCCCGCCUGUGCCAGCGCCGCCGCCCUGCAAGACCCUCCGUUCGAGGACUCCGACAAGUUCCCGGCUCCGGCGCGGCCGCUCCAGGGAUUGGCCUAUUCCUAAGCACGCCGGGCCCGGCCCCCUCGAGCCGCCCUGGGAGCCGGGACGGCACCGGAGCCGCCACACGGAGCGGGACGGGGGGACCCCCACCCCAAAGGGGACCCCCACCCCCAUGGCCACGGCCCCCCCGAGGGAACCCCGGCCCCGCUGCAGGGGGGCUUUGGGGAGCCCAGAAUGACCCAAACAUGCUGGAUUUGGCCUCGGAAAGACGUGGAGAGACUGGGAGUGGGGGCAGCGGGACCGAGGGCACCAGGAGCCAGCGAGGAGGGAGGGGUGUGCAGGGUGGGUGGAUGCCCUGAGGUGGGGUGGAUGCUCCAGGGUGGGAUGGAUGCUCCAGGAUGGGAUAGAUUCCCUGA